GGAAUACUCUCAAGUCUCUCAUAAUCUCAACAUAAACAAGACAAAACGCUUUUGUCUCUUUGUCUAAAAUCUACGACAAACCAAGAGAAGAAAAGAAAAAUCUCAUAUUUUUUAAAAAAUUGCAUGUUCAGGAAGAAGAUUCAAAAAAUAUAAUAAUAAAAGGAUCAAAUGGAAAGUCUCACACACAUUCCUCCGGGUUAUCGAUUCCAUCCGACCGAUGAAGAACUCGUUGACUAUUAUCUAAAGAAGAAAGUUGCAUUUCCAGGAAUGCAAGUUGAUGUUAUCAAAGAUGUUGAUCUUUACAAAAUCGAGCCAUGGGACAUCCAAGAGUUAUGUGGAAGAGGGACAAGAGAAGAGAGGGAAUGGUAUUUCUUUAGCCACAAGGACAAGAAGUAUCCAACAGGGACGCGAACCAAUAGAGCAACGGGCUCCGGAUUUUGGAAAGCAACGGGUCGAGACAAGGCCAUAUACUCGAAGCAAGAGCUUGUCGGGAUGAGGAAGACUCUUGUGUUUUACAAAGGUCGGGCUCCAAAUGGUCAGAAAUCCGAUUGGAUAAUGCACGAGUAUCGUCUUGAAACCGAUGAAAAUGGACCACCUCAUGAGGAAGGAUGGGUGGUUUGUCGUGCUUUUAAGAAGAAACUUACCACAAUGAGUUACAACAAUCCAAGAACAAUGAUGGGAUCAUCAGGACAAGAAUCAAAUUGGUUCACACAUCAAAUGGAUGUAGCUAAUGGUAGUUACUACCAUCUUCCUGACCUAGAGAGUCCAAGAAUGUUCCAAGGCUCAUCAUCAUCAUUACAUCAUAAUGAUAAUGACCCAUAUGGUGUUGUACUCAGCACAAUCAACGCAACACCAACUACACUAAUGCAAGGAGAUGAUGAAGAAGAUCAUGGAAAUAUUAUUACUAAUGAUGAUGAUGAUGGUCACAUUAUUACUAAUGAUGAUAAUCAUGGUCAUUUUAUUACUAAUGAUAAUAUGAUUAUGAUGAACACAAAUACUGAUCAUCAUCAUCAUCAAUCAGGAUUACUACUCAGUGAUGAUCAUAAUGACCAUAUGAUGGAUUGGCAAACUCUUGACAAGUUAGUUGCUUCUCAGCUAAUCAUGAGCCAUGAAGAGGAAGAAGUUAACAUUAAAGAUCCAUCUGAUAAUUCUUCCAAUGAAACCUUCCAUCAUCAUCUCUCUGAAGAGCAAGCAACAAUAGCUUCAAUGAAUGCAUCUUCCUCUUCUUCUCCAUGUUCCUUCUACUCUUGGCCUCAAAAUACAAACACCUAAAGAUCCAUCCUCAAACGUGUGUGAAUCCGAAUGCCUCUCUCUAUAUAAUUAAUUAAGGCUCAUAUGCUUAUUAUAAUUACAUAUAACGGUUACUAAUUAUAAUUUUAUAUGAAAUUUGUUAAUUUAUCUUAUCACCCGGUGUAACUUUCUUUAGUUUUGUGAAAUAUAUAAAACUAUUUCUAAAUAUGGUUCUACACUUACGUUAUAUAUAACACACCAAAAAAAAAAGUCAUCUUUCAAGAAACUCAAGAACACAACAAGUAUCAAAAUAAGGAUACAAGCAUAAUCUAAACAAAAUCAAUUUGAGAAACAGGUCUACAAGUUUGGGAACAAACGGAUUACAUAUAAACUGAUAAAACAUUCUCAAGACACUAAAAGCAAACAAAAGAGGCUCAGCAGACACAACAAAAUAGAAGAAGAGUUCCAUCACUCUUUUUCUGUUUCAAGCAUCUGUACAAUCUGAGUCACUCCCUCUACAAUUUCUUUGCGGAUCGUACUGUCUGUCUGGCAUAUAAAACGUCCGUGGAAGAUGGUUGCUGUAUCUCUCUGUUGCAUCUUUCCCCCACUAGCAGACUUCUCAUCCGCUCCACCAAUUAUCGAAGGCAAAAAAAAACACAA